GCGCCUGGCUGGGCCCCGCAGAGCGGGAGGGAAAAGGGGCGAAGGAGCGAGCGGAGCCGCCGCCGCCGUCGCCGCCGCUGUCGAGCCCGAGCCGGAGCCGUGUCCGCGCCCGCGUCCGCCCGUUCGCCCGCCCGCCCUCGAGUCUGCCCGUGUCCAGCAGCGGGGCCCAGCAUGGUCAUGGCGGAUGGCCCGAGGCACUUGCAGCGCGGGCCGGUUCGGGUGGGGUUCUACGACAUCGAGGGCACGCUGGGCAAGGGCAACUUCGCUGUGGUGAAGCUGGGGCGCCACCGCAUCACCAAGACCGAGGUGGCAAUAAAAAUCAUAGAUAAAUCUCAGCUGGAUGCAGUGAAUCUAGAGAAAAUCUACAGAGAAGUCCAAAUAAUGAAAAUGUUAGACCACCCUCAUAUAAUAAAACUCUACCAGGUAAUGGAGACCAAAAGCAUGUUGUACCUUGUCACUGAAUAUGCCAAAAAUGGAGAGAUUUUUGAUUACCUUGCAAAUCAUGGCCGGUUGAAUGAGUCUGAGGCAAGGCGAAAAUUCUGGCAAAUCCUGUCUGCAGUAGAUUACUGUCAUAGUCGGAAGAUUGUACACCGUGACCUCAAGGCUGAAAAUCUGCUGCUUGAUAACAACAUGAAUAUCAAAAUAGCAGAUUUCGGUUUUGGAAAUUUCUUUAAGAGUGGUGAACCACUGGCUACAUGGUGUGGCAGCCCUCCUUAUGCAGCCCCAGAAGUCUUUGAAGGACAGCAGUAUGAAGGACCACAACUGGAUAUUUGGAGCAUGGGAGUAGUUCUUUACGUCCUUGUCUGUGGAGCUCUGCCUUUUGAUGGCCCAACUCUCCCUAUCCUGAGGCAAAGAGUUCUGGAAGGAAGAUUCCGGAUUCCUUAUUUCAUGUCAGAAGAGUGUGAGCAUCUUAUCCGAAGGAUGUUGGUCUUAGAUCCGUCUAAGAGGCUGACAAUAGCCCAAAUAAAAGAGCACAAGUGGAUGCUGGUAGAAGUUCCUGUACACAGACCUGUUCUUUAUCCACAAGAGCAGGAAAAUGAGCCAUCUCUUGGGGAGUAUAAUGAGCAGGUCCUGCGGCUAAUGCAUAGCCUUGGAAUAGAUCAACAGAAAACCAUGGAGUCUUUGCAGAACAAGAGUUAUAACCACUUUGCUGCUAUCUAUUACUUAUUGGUGGAAAGGCUGAAAUCUCACCGAAGCAGCUUCCCUGUGGAGCAGAGAGUUGAUGCCCGCCAGCGUCGGCCGAGCACUGUUGCUGAACAGACAGUUGCCAAGGCACAAACUGUUGGUCCUGCAAUGACCAUACGUUCCCAGAACAUGAGACUGAUGAGGUCCCCCAUUCUUCCUCAGACAUCCAAUGUGGAGGCCUUUUCCUUUCCCAGUUCUGGAUGCCAGGCCGACGCCACAUUCAUGGAGGAAGAAGCAGUUGAUACGCCAAAGGUGAAUGGUUGUCUGCUGGACCCAGUACCCCCCAUAAUGAUGAGAAAAGGAUGCCAGUCACUGCCUAGUAAUAUGAUGGAGACCUCCAUUGAUGAAGGAAUAGAGACUGAAGGAGAGUCUGAGGAAGACCCCAGCCAUACAUUUGAUGCUUUCCAGUCGACACGCUGUGGGCAGAGACGUCACACACUGGCCGAAGUGACCAAUCAGCUAGUCAUGGUGCCUACCACAGGAAAAGUCUUUUCUGUGAACGACCACCCCUCCUUGGGCAGUGUGGAUUCUGAGUCUGACAUGGGAUCCACUCAGAGGGAUCUGAACUUCCUAGAGGACAACCCAUCCCUGAAGGACAUCAUGUUGGCCAAUCAGCCUACACAUCGCUUGACACCUCCUUUCCUAAGCAUACGGCCUGCCAAUCCAGCCAUGCAGGUGUUGAGCUCACAGAAAAGAGAGGCUCACAACCGGUCCCCGGUCAGCUUCAGAGAAGGCCGAAGGGCAUCAGAUACCUCUCUCACACAAGGGCUUGUAGCAUUUAGACAGCAUCUUCAGAACCUGGCUCGAACCAAAGGCAUUCUUGAACUGAACAAAGUCCAGUUGCUAUAUGAACAGAUGGGCUCGGAGGCAGAACCUAGCUUAGCAUCAGCUGCUCCUCAGCUCCAAGACCUUGUCAGCAGUGCCUCACAGGAGGAAGCCCCUCAGCCCCAGGACAAUGCCUCUGUUUUCCCUAACACUGUGCAUCCACAACUGUCCAGACGGCAAAGCCUGGAGACCCAGUACCUGCAGCAUAGACUCCAGAAACCUAGCCUCCUGUCCAAAGCACAGAACACCUGCCAGCUCUACUGUAAGGACCCUCCACGGAGCCUGGAACAGCAGCUGCAGGAGCACAGGCUGCAUCAGAAGCGACUCUUCCUCCAGAAGCAGUCCCAGCUGCAGGCGUACUUUAACCAGAUGCAGAUAGCAGAGAAUUCCUACCCAAGGCCAAACCAGCAGCUGCCGCUUCCCCACCAGGAGCAGCUCUCCAGUCCUCCGCCACAGGCACCCCAGUCACCCCAGUUCAGCCUGGCCCAGUCGCUAAGCCCAGUGCUAGAGCCUUCCUCAGAGCAAAUGCAAUAUGACCCGUUCCUCAGCCAAUACCGUAAACUGCAGCUCCAGCCCUUGCCCUCCUCCCAGGGCCCCAGCUCCCCACCUCCCCUGUCAUCACAGCUGCAGCAGCAGCCGCCACAACCGCCAGCAGCCCCCCCACCCUUACCGUUCUCUUAUCAGACUCAUGAGCUAUCAGGUGCGGCCCCCCCUGAGCCAGACUAUCCUCCCCCCUGUCAGUAUUCCAUGGACCCAGCUCAGCAAAGCAAUGUAGCAUUACCAGACUGUCCCAGGAGCUCUGGGCCAAGGGAGUCCCCCUCCAACUAUGACCCGUUAGCACUCUCUGAGUUGCCUGGACUCUUUGAUUGUGAAAUGAUGGAGGCUGUUGACCCACAGCCCAGUGGCUAUGUCCUUGUGAAUUAGCCCCAGCAAACGCAGUGUUCAUGUCAGGAAGCAAGCAGGGCAAAGGAAAAGAGUGUGAAUUUUUGUUUUUAUUCCAACCUUGAAAUUCACAGCUUAUUUCCUGCAUUUCCCCUAGUGGAGAAAUGUCAAGUUGCCCCACUGGAACUGUCAGGGCCUGGCUGAGGCUGGGUGGUUAGUUCAGCCUGGCCUUGUCCACAGGAGCUUCAGAGGCAGGUACUGAACGUAGUUGUUAGACUGAAGAUCAUGCCCUUUGGGCAGAUGGAGCAAACUUGAGGAAGACUCAGAAAAUGUUUUUUUUAGGAAG